GACCGCUGAGACAUGAUCAUCCACCAGCUGGUCAACCAGCUCUGGAGAUACCGGGUCACAAGUCUCCUCCUGACCUUAGGAGUUACCUGUCUGCUUAUAUCUGUGGGUACUUACCUGCUGCAGCACUCGAGCCGCCAUGCUCACCACAAAGGCUGGAACAAGAAGCUCGUGAAAGAUAGAGCACCGGCAGCCAAUCCUGGCUCCUCAAGACAUGACAGCUCUUACCCUCAAAGAAGUGAAGCUCAUCCUUCUAACGACCAGGCUCCUAAAGAUGGCAGCCUUUAUAGUAUCAUGAGGCCAAGGACACAAACUCCUCCUGUAGUCUUCCUCAAAACACACAAAACAGGAAGCAGCACUGUCCAGAACCUGCUGUUCCGUAUGGGAGAGAGGGACCGGGCCACGUUCGCUUUCCCUCACCACAGCUACCAGUUCAACUACCCAGAUAAAUUCAGAGCCAAAUUCGUGGAUGAGUUACCCGAUGGCUCCUUCCAGUUUGACCUCCUCUGCAGCAACAUGCGUCUGGACAUCGAUCAGCUGAAACAAGUGAUGCCAAAGAACACCAUCUUCAUCACCAUCCUCCGUGAACCUCUACGAACGUUUGAGUCCGUCUUCUCCUACUACUCCUCCUCGGUUCCUGCUUUCAUUCUGGCCAAGAAGGUGGCAGAGAUGACGGGGCACAAAUCUGCUCUGUCUCUCUUCUUAGAGUCACCUGAGGCAUUCUGGGACCCCAAAGAGCCUGGAAACAGCCUGGGGAAGAACCCUAUGAGCUUCGAUUUGGGCCUCGAUGGCCAGCGGUGGAACUCUACGUGGCGGACUGACCUGGCUCUCCUUGAGGAGACGUUCCAGCUGGUGAUGAUCGCCGAGCACUUUGACGAGUCCCUGAUUCUUCUGGGAUCUCUGCUCAACCUGGACAUGGAGGAAUUGGCAUACGUCCGCCUCAACACUCGCUCUCCUCAGAGUGUUAUUCCCUUAGAUGAUGGAACUAAAGACCAGAUCAGCUCCUGGAACACCUUAGACGUGCUUCUGUAUGACUUCUUCCUCCAGAUCUUCCUGGAGAAGGUGGAGAAGCACGGUCUGGAGAGGCUGAACAGUGAGGUGGCUCUGCUGAGAGCAACCACUAACAGAAUCAGGCGGAAAUGCUUGGCUAGGACCGGGGUGCAUCCUGAGGAACUCGAGGAUCUUGUAAGACCUUGGCAAACUGAUACAGUGACUAUUUUAGGAUAUCAGAUACAGAAGAACCUGACCAGGCCGGAGCAGGGAUUCUGCACUCGUCUAGUUCUGCCUGAACUUCAGUACCACGCCCAUCUGUAUUUCCAGCAGUAUGGUCGAGACAUGAGAGCUGUGCCUACAGAGUAA